AUGUUGGGAGAAUGUGUGUGUGAAGGGGAGACGUUUAAGGGGGAGACGUUUGUGGGGCGCAGGUUGGGAGAAGGUGCGUGUGAAGGGGAGACGUUUAGGGGGGAGACGUUUGUGGGGCGCAGGUUGGGAGAAGGUGCAUGUGAAGGGGAGACGUUUAGGGCGGAGACGUUUGUGGGGCGCAAGUUGGGAGAAGGUGCGUGUGAAGGGGAGACGUUUAGAGGGGAGACGUUUGUCGGGCGCAGGUUGGGAGAAAGUGCGUGUGAAGGGGAGACGUUUAGGGGAGAGACGUUUGUGGGGCGCAGGUUCGGAGAAGGUGCCUGUGAAGGGGAGACGUUUAGGGGGGAGACGUUUGUGGGGCGCAGGUUCGGAGAAGGUGCGUGUGAAGAGGAGACGUUUAGGAGGGAGAAGUUUGUGGGGCGCAGGUUCGGAGAAGGUGCGUGUGAAGGGGAGACGUUUAGGGGGGAGAUGUUUGUGGGGCGCAAGUUCGGAGAAGGUGCGUGUGAAGGGGAGACGUUUAGGGGGGAGACGUUUGUGGGGCGCAGGUUCGGACAAGGUGCGUGUGAAUGGCAGACGUUUAGGGGGGAGACGUUUGUGGGGCGCAGGUUCGGAGAAGGUGCGUGUGAAAGGGAGAAUUUUAAGAGGGAGACGUUUGUGGAGCGCAGGUUCGGAGAAGGUGCGUGUGAAGGGCAGACGUUUAGGGGGGAGACGUUUGUGGGGCGCAGGUUGGGGGAAGGUGCGUGUGAAUGGGAGACGUUCAAGAGGGAGACGUUUGUGGGGCGUAGGUUGGGAGAAGGUGCGUGUGAAGGGGAGACGUUUGUGGGGCGCAAGUUGGGAGAAGGUGCGUGUGAAGGGGGGACUUACAGGGGGGAGACGUUUGUGGGGCGCUGGUUGGCAGAAGGUGCGUGUGAAAGGGAGACGUUCAGGGGUGAGACGUUUGUGGGGCGCAGGUUGGGGGAAGGUGCGUUUGAAGGGGAGACGUUUGUGGGGCGCAAGUUGGGAGAAGGUGUGUGUGAAGGGGAGACGUUUAGGGGGGAGACGUUUGUGGGGCGCUGGUUGGGAGAAGGUGCGUGUGAAGGGGAGACGUUUGUGAGGCACAAGUUGGGAGAAGGUGCGUGUGAAGGGGAGACGUUUAGGGGGGAGACGUUUGUGGGGCGCAGGUUGGGAGAAGGUGCAUGUGAAGGGGAGACGUUUAGGGGGGAGACGUUUGGGGGGCGCAGGAUGGGAGAAGGUGCGUGUGAAGGGGAGACGUUUAGGGGGGAGACGUUUGGGGGGCGCAUGUUGAGAGAAGGUGCGUGUGAAGGGGAGACGUUGGGAGAAGGUGCGUGUGAAGGGGAGACGUUUUCGGGGCGCAAGUUGGGAGAAGGUGCAUGUGAAGGGGGGACUUACAGGGGGGAGACGUUUGUGGGGCACUGGUUGGCAGAAGGUGCGUGUGAAAGGGAGACGUUCAGGGGCGAGACGUUUGUGGGGCGCAGGUUGGGGGAAGGUGCGUUUGAAGAGGAGACGUUUGUGGGGCGCAAGUUGGGAGAAGGUGUGUGUGAAGGGGAGACGUUUAGGGGGGAGACGUUUGGGGGGCGCAGGUUGGGCGAAGGUACGUGUGAAGGGGAGACGUUUAUGGGGGAGACGUUUGUGGGGCGCAGGUUGGGAGAAGGUGCCUGUGAAGGGGAGACGUUUAGGGGGGAGACGUUUGGUGGGCGCAGGUUGGGAGAAGGUGCGUGUGAAGGGGAGACGUUUAGGGGGGAGACGUUUGGGGGGCGCAUGUUGGGAGAAGGUGCAUGUGAAGGGGAAACGUUUAGGGGGGAGACGUUUGCGGGGCGCAGGUUAGGAGAAGGAGCGUGUGAAGGGGAGACGUUUAGGGGGGAGACGUUUGUGGGGCGCAGGUUGGGAGAAGGUGCGUGUGAAGGGGAGACGUUUGUGGGGCGCAUGUUGGGAGAAGGGGCGUAUGAAGGGGAGACGUUUAUGAGGGAGACGUUUGUGGGGCGCAGGUUGGGAGAAGGGGCGUAUGAAGGGGAGACGUUUACGGGGAAGACGUUUGUGGGGCGCAGGUUGGGAGAAGGUGCGUGUGAAGGGGAGACGUUUAGGGGGGAGACGUUUGUGGGGCGCAGGUUGGGAGAAGGUGCGUGUGAAGGGGAGACAUUUGUGGGGCGCAAGUUGGGAGAAGGUGCGUGUGAAGGGGAGAAUUUGAGGGGGGAGACGUUUGUGGGGCGCUGGUUGGCAGAAGGUGCGUGUGAAAGGGAGACGUUCAGGGGCGAGACGUUUGUGGGGCGCAGGUUUGGAGAAUAUGCGUGUGAAGGGGAGACGUUUAGGGGGGAGACGUUUGCUGGGCGCAGGUUGGGAGAAGGUGCGUGUGAAGGGGAGACGUUUAGGGGGGAGACGUUUGUGGGGCGCGGGUUAGGAGAAGGAGCGUGUGAAGGGGAGACGUUUAGGGGGGAGACGUUUGUGGGGCGCAGGUUGGGAGAAGGUGCGUGUGAAGGGGAGACGUUUGUGGGGCGCAUGUUGGGAGAAGGGGCGUAUGAAGGGGAGACGUUUACGGGGAAGACGUUUGUGGGGCGCAGGUUGGGAGAAGGGGCGUGUGAAGGGGAGACGUUUACGGGGAAGACGUUUGUGGGGCACAGGUUGGGAGAAAGUGCGUGUGAAGGGGAGACGUUUAGGGGGGAGACGUUUGUGGGGCGCAGGUUGAGAGAAGGUGCGUGUGAAGGGGAGACGUUUGUGGGGCGCAUGUUGGGAGAAGGUGCGUAUGAAGGGGAGACGUAUAGGGGGAAGACGUUUGUGGGGCGCAGGUUGGGAGAAGGUGCGUGUGAAGGGGAGACGUUUAGGGGGGAGACGUUUGUGGGGCGCAGGUUGGGAGAAGGUGCGUGUGAAGGGGAGACGUUUAGGGGGGAGACGUUUGUGGGGCGCAGGUUGGGAGAAGGUGCGUGUGAAGGGGAGACCUUUAGGGAGGAGACGUUUGUGGGGCGCACGUUGGGAGAAGGUGCGUGUGAAGGGGAGACGUUUAGGGGGGAGACGUUUGUGGGGCGCAGGUUGGGAGAAGGUUAG